UUGUUCAUUAUUUCUCUCUCCCUCUUUCUGAAGCUCCAGUUCCUGCAUGAAUAGCCAGCAGACAACCGCACACGUGAACGUCAGUUUGACAAGAUAAUAACAAGACAAUAGCAACGAGGCCGUGAUCAGAAAACGAUACGGGCGCGUGCAAUAGGAACUUAUCUGUGGUUGCGACAUCUAUCUAUACGAAAUGCUAUAGGCAAUAAUUCCACGUUCCAGACGUGUCUAUAAAGCAGUUUUUCUUGCGACGGAAUUACUGCACCGUACAUUACAAAAAAGGCUCGGCUUCCGGCGACGACUCAUGCAGCAAUGAAUCUCGCAACAAUCGCGUCUGCAUUCUCGUCAUCCGCCGAGGAAAAGUCAAUCCCAAGAAUGCCAAUAAUGAGGACUGCUGGCGAAUUCGGCGACUCGUCAUACUUCAGGAAAAAGCCUCAGCAACGAACAUCACCAGAACCUCAAUUAAAAUCUCGUAGUCCGGAAUCACGCCAUAUUAAAGGACACACUCGACCCGACGACGAUUCCGGCGAAUUUGAGCCAUCAGUUGAACACUCGUCGGAAGAAGGCGCCUGGCAACAAGUCCAGGAAAUUGCCGACGACGACGACGACGACGACGCAGAUCGGGUAUCAGCUGUGAAAUCCGGUGCAUGGCAGGGAAUCGCAAAGAAAGCCAACUUGUUGCUCACCAAUCAAGAGCGAAUCCUUUCCAACACAACGCGGGAACUGAUUCAAGCCAGGACGAGGCUCCGAGUAUUCGAAGGAAUGCGGAUCACGCUUCUGCGAAAACUAUUCAUUGCUCGACAAAGAAAUGCGCUUCUCACAGGUAACAAG